ACAUCGUCAUCCCCAAAAAAAGGUUUUUGAGUUUCUGAUUUCAAUCAAUCACGUUCAGGAUAAUUUGACAAUGACAAUGUCCAUCGUUAUUCUUACGCUCUCCGUUCUUUCUUCUGUUUCUGUUUUCCUACAACAAAACAACGCUUACCCCGACGCCUAUGAAGUGCUAAAAGAGUACGAGUACCCCGUGGGUCUCCUGCCCGCGGAGGUCACAGGCUAUAAACUAGAUAGAUGCACCGGCCGAUUUUCGGUGUUCCUAAAAGGACCCUGUCACUAUACAACAGAAACUCUUACAUAUCCGUUCAGAUUUGAUGAGAUCGUAACGGGCGUAAUACGCAGAGACGGGAUCACCAACAUUCGCGGGGUUAGAGUGAAGUCCAUCUUCGGAUGGUUUCGAAUAAGCAGUGUUCUCCGCUUCAACGACGACUUCUUUGACAUAGCCGCUGGGGCAGCAUCAUCUGUAGUGCGGAUUGAGAAGUUGCAAGCUUCCCCAAGAUGUGGGUGCGAGUCGCGUUGCGAGAACGCCGGUCCGUAUUCUGUUGCUGCCGGAGUCGAGGAGAAGAUCGCCGAAGCAGACUCGAUUAAACGUUCCCCUACUCCGGAAGAGGUAUUACAAGAGAAGGUUGAGAAACCAACCUGUCCCUCUUGCGGAGUUUCAUCACAGGGAAUUCCCGACCAAGAUGUUAACAAUUUCUCCGAGUUGUCCGUACAACUCGGAGAAAUCGCUCAAAGCCUUAGAGAAAUCAACGGCAAUCGACUUAACAUCACGUUAUUGUACCACGAGGUCAUGAGCGUUAGAGACUUCGAUGAAUUGACGCUGCUAAGGGCGUUCGAUUACUUAGUCAAAAAUGAUAACGACGGAAAAGGGUUUUUGGCGAAGACUCCCAGACACCGAGCAGUGGCGGUUGAAGGUUUUUGCGAGAAGGUUGAUGGUUUUCGCAAGAAGGAAGACAAGGAUCAAACGUCCUAAAUUCUUCACGGAUAUUUGACUAAAUUCUGUUUCUUUCAUGGAUUGCUAUGUGAAUGAAUAUGGAAGAAUGUUUAAUUGAGUACCUUGAGAUGUCGUUUUUGAACAUGGUGCACUUUGCACCUUU